AUGGAUUGGUUUCAUUGCAACCAGUGUUUCCGAAAACAAGGGGACCAUUUCUUUGUCACCAGUUGUGGCCAUAUUUUCUGUAAAAAAUGUGCUACUCAGGGAAAAUGUACAAUUUGUGGAACUGCCUGCAAGCAUCUGGCACUUUCUGAUAAUCUAAAACCUCAGGAGAAGAUGUAUUUCAGAAACCCAAUGGAGACAGCUAUGCGGUAUUUCAGCCAUAUCUCUCAGGUGUGGAAUUUCCAGAAGAAACAAAUUGAUCUCCUUAUUGCCUUUUAUAAACAUAGACUUGCAAAAUUAGAAGCAAACAUGCAGGAGUUACAGCAAAAAGUUACCAGCCAGGACAAAGAACUGUCUGUUUUAAGGAAGGAGAAUAAAGAAUUGAAGAAAUUUCUAGCACUCCUAAAGGAAUCUCCAAGUCAUUACCCAGGAAGCAGGUUGCAUACACCUCGACCAGUUUGCAUUACUUCCCCAUCACAGUCAGUUACUCCACGACCCAGUGCUCAGCUGAGUAGCCAAGUAGUUAGUCGCCCCUCAUCGGUGGAGUCUGACUCUCUUAGAGUGACUGGCUUUGGCAGCUUGGGACAAGGAAUCAGAGAUCUACAAAGAAGUAGCACUCCCAGAGACUCUUACACUGAAACCCCUUCACCAAUUUCUACCCACAGCUUUUCAUAUAGACCUUCACCUGCCUCUUCUGGACAGGGAACUGUUCCUUUCAGACCAUGUCUAAAUAGAGAGGAUUCAGACCAACUAAGAAUCAUCUCACCUAGAAAUUCUGAUCAGAGGGAGAAUAGAACCACAUUAGAGAGAGUUCCUGGUUUCCAGCCACCAGUCCUACAAGAGAGCCUUUACUUGUUUGCAAGAAAAACUCAUGGUUAG